GACAAAAACAAACAAAUCGGUGCACUUCAGACCUUGUCAGUGUGUAUUAGCCGAUGUAUUUCAAACACACUUAUUUAGUAUCGAAUAGAAAUUCAAUGGAAUUGUAUAUGAAAUAACUGUUUCACAACCAGCUGGAUAGUUAAGUAAGCACUAUCCUUAUUCUCUAAUGAUAGCAAGCUUGCUAACAUCCCGACCAUGAACACACAAAGCUACUCACCUCCUGAUAAAGAAGAGGUCUGCUGGGCAGAGAAAGAGGGUCUGUGGCUGAACAUUGUCGUGAAAGAGGAGAAUGAGGAGGAGGAAGUGACUUUACAAACAGAAGUGGAGGACGAGGCUGUUACAGAGACAGAAGAUGAAGUCACAGUGAAAGAGGAGGAUGUUACGAAGGAGGAAGAGGACCAAGAAAAUGAAGAGGAUGCCGUUUCUGAAUUAAAGGAUGACGGAGGAAUAACCGUCAGAUUGAAAGAGGAGGAGGAAGAGGAGGAGGCUGCAGGUCUGAUUAUCAGCCAAGAGUCACCAGACUUUCAUACAGUUGACAGUUGGAAGAGUCCUUCAGCGGAACCAGACCCAGAGACUUCAAAUCCAGCUAGACCAUAUGGCUGCUCCCACUGUGGGAAGAGUUUUACUAAGUUAAGGAACCGUAAAGAGCAUGAGAGGACACACACAGGAGAAAAGCCUUACAACUGCUCUCAUUGUGAAAAGAAGUUUUCACGACCACAAAACUUAAAAAAGCAUGAGAGAACACACACAGGAGAAAAGCCAUUUGGAUGUUCCCAGUGUGGAAAGAGUUUUGCCCAGUUAAGUACCUUGAAUAGGCAUGAAGGUUUACACACAGAAUGGAGGAAGACAUACCCCUGCGCUCAGUGUGGAAAGAGUUUCACUGAGUUAUGGAGCUUGAAGAUACACAUGAGACAACACACUGGAGAGAAGCCUUACCACUGCUCCCUGUGUGGAAAGACUUUUUCCAAGUUAGGAAAUCUGAAGUCACAUGAGAAAAUGCACAGGGGAGAGAAGUCUUACCACUGCUCUCUUUGUCAAAAAAGUUUUUCUCAAUCAAGCGGAUUGAAAGAACAUGAGAGGACACAUACAGGAGAAAAACCUUUCCAGUGCUCCCAGUGUGGGAAGAGAUUUACCAGAUUAAAGGGCUUGAAGGAGCAUGAGAAAACACACACAGGAGAAAAGCCUUUUAAAUGUCCCCAGUGUGGAAAGACCUUUUCCCAGCCAUGGCAUCUGAAAGAACAUGAGAGGACACACACAGGAGAAAAGCCUUUUCAAUGCCCACAGUGUGGAAAGAGCUUUUCCCAAUCAGGGGAGCUUAAUAGACAUAAGAGAAUACACACUGGAGAGAAGCCAUUCCAAUGUUCCCAGUGUGGAAAGAGUUUUACCCAAUCAGGGGACCGAAAUAAGCAUGAGAGGAAACACACAGGAUAAACGCCUUUUCAGUGUUCCUAGAAAGCGUUUUCCAGAAUCAGGGGAAAGAAAUAAGCAUGUAAAAAAGCACUUUAGUGAAGCCCUAUUCAUUUUAAAGACAUUUUCUCAACUAGGCUAAUUAAGUUCACAAAAUGCUGCAGUAGUUCAGAACGUAGCUAGGUUAAAAAUUACAGUUUUUAAGGUGAGGUCAUACGCUAUGAAUGUUGUAAAUGCAUGAACCUGUUGGAGCGAGUAACUGCUUUAAAGUUCCCAGAGAACAACAGGGUGUUGACCAGGGUUACGCCAUAAUUCUUUGCUCUCUAGGAGAAUUCAGCUCUGACAAAGGGUCAUUGCUUCUGUCUACAGUGUUAUCUAGUUAUUACAUAAGUCACAUACCAAAAAACAUAUUGUAUGUUAAUGUCGUAUUAACAACUUUGGUGCUUCUCAUCAUCAUGCCUCUUUAAUGGAACAUGUUUUUGUCUAAAUGGUAAUUAAAUGUGAAGCGCCACUGGUGGAUGUUUAUUAUACACUGCUCAAAAACAUUAAGGCAACAUGUAAUUAUAACAGCAAGUCAGGGAUAUCAAUAUUUAGCCAUUGUGAAUCAAUGUCACCUGUUUUGGUGCAAAUAAAAGUGACAACAGUUGCAAUGGAGAAACAACAGCAAGACAUCCCUGAAAAAAGGGAAUGGUUUAGCAUGUGGUGGCUACAGACAAUUGCUCUCUCCUUAUCAUUCCUGACUGAUUCUUCUCUAGUUUUGG